UGUGUGUGUGUGUGGAGGAUUUGUGACUGUGUCAGUGACGUUGUUAAAAAACACAACAACAAUUGAAUGCCAAAUUGAAAGUGGUUGACAGGCAACUGGAAAAACAACAAGAGCCAAGGCAAUAGCUUCGAGUGUCCUUUCGGCCAAGGCAAAGUGAAAGCAAUACUCAUCCGAAAAAUAGAGAAAAUACACAAAACCGCGAUCGAAAAGCAAGUUGCAAUUGCCGAAAGCCUAUUACUUUUCCAUUGAUUUCCCAGCAAAUAGAUCAACAUGCAAAUUGCCUGCGCCGGACCCGCAGUCGAAUCCAGGGCCAGAAUCCUUGCCAGGCAUCCUCAUCGUCAGCAGCAGCAGCAUCAUCAUCAUUGGAGGCAGUGGAACUCAAACGCACCGUAGAGCCAGCCAACAGGGCGCAAUAAAAAUUGCCUAUAAAUGGGCGGAAGUGCCAGAGGCGUGGGGCGGAGGGGCGUGGUCCUGGAGCAGGAUGUACGCACAAGGUCGUCGCAGGGGGAGCGGAAGAGGGGGCUCGCUGGCAAACAGCAGCACAACAAUGCCAAGCUUCCGCUUAGGAUGCGCUCGAACGGAAGUUAUUUUGGCCGCCUGAACGUGAGCGCGCUGCUCAUCUACUUGUGGUGCUAUCUGCUCCUGGUUAUGGCAGCAUCUGGCGGCAGCAACCACGUGGUAAAUGGCCUCAAAUGCUAUUGCAAUCCGAAGGAGUGCGACGUGAUCCGCUCACCCGACUGCCCCGGAAAAGGACUUAUGCUGUGGGAUCCCUGCAAAUGUUGCCGCAUAUGCGCCAAAACUUUAGGCGAAUCCUGCGGCGGUCCGGGCGGAUUUUCCGGUCAAUGUGAGCCGCCCCUGCAGUGUGUGACCAAGCUGCCCAUUAGCAGCGGAUUGGGCGUGUGCAUGGAUUUGCAGCACCUGACCGCCCUGACCUACAGUCAGCAUGAUAAUUGUUCCGACAGCGAUUCGAUUGUUUUGGAGCCGGGCUGCGAGAUCACCAACAAACGCUGCCAGUGCUGGCCAACUAUGCGCACCUGUCUCAGCGAACUGACCAGCGAUGGGGGAUCCCCCGACGACUCUCGCUGGCACUUCAAGAACCUAGAGGACUGCCAGUUGAAUCUACAAAAUCUAAUAAAACUCGAACAGGAAUUCGAUGAAGACUACAAAAUCUCACCGAGCAAAUUCACAUACAAAAAACUGCGCAGAAAGCGAAAAUCUUUAAAGAAACGAAUCAUCAUCUUGAAGGAUUGAGGCCUGAAUGUGCCACUGCGACUUUCCGCGUUCUCAGCUCUUAACUCAAUAAAACAAAAUGAGGAAUCUCUGUACAGAUAGUAUGCUUACUUCUAACUAAUUAUAUGGCUAUUAUUAAUAACGUACAUAUAUAACAACAUAUACAUGAGGAAAAAGUACAUAUGAGACAUAGACAAAAAUGUAUGUAUCCUAAGACAUUUGUUACUUUAUUGUUUUUAGAAAGCGCGUACGUAUGUAUAAAUUUGCAAUUUUUAUUCCUACUGCCCCCGAAAAGAAAAUAUACAAAACAAUAAAUGGAAAACAUUUACAAAAUGUUAUUGCUUUAAACAAAUAACAAAUACGAAAUGUGCAAAGUGUUGGAAUUUUCCAUAGGCCUAAGUCCAGCCAUUCAAUAAACAAUAAAGCCGAAUGACAAAUUUUGCUAACUGAAACAGCAUCGAAAAUAUAUAAGUGGUCAGAAAAAAAAGCGAAA